UCCGCUAUUUUCCACAGAGACAACAAAUAAACGAACAAAACCCUAGAAAUUCACAAAUUCCCCAUUUUCGCAGAUUUGCUUCUAUUUCCCCUCCUUUUGCCCCUCUGCAAAAUCUAGGGUUUUGACAAAACCCUAGCUUGGUAGCUCAGAUUACGGGCUUCGGAGGCGAGAGAAUGGAAUUCGACGAGUACGCCUACCUGGAGAAGACGGUGGAGGAGAACGAAGACCGCGAUUCGAGGAGGAAGACGAAGAAGGAAGGAGGCAGCGAGAAGAGCUACCGGAAGAGAGAGGCCGACGAUGGCGACAACCACCACGCCGACGACGUCCAUGGCGGCGGCGGAGGAGGAGAAGAGGACGACGAGAGGCGGAGCAAGAGGUCGAAGAGCGAGCACGAGAAUGGCCGCGACAAGGAUCGGCACCACCAUCGGAGCGGGAGAGAGAAGGAGAGAGAUGGAGAGAGAGAGCGCGAGAGAGAGAGGAGUAGUAGGGAUAGAGAUAGGGAUAGGGAUAGGGAUAAGGAUAGAGAGAGGAGGGACAAGGAGAAGGAGAGGGAGAGGAGAGAGAGGGACAAGGAGAAGGGUAGAGAGAAGAGAGAGAGGGACAGGGAGAGGGAUGAGAAAGAGCGGUCGAGGAGGAGCCGGAGCCGGUCCGUCCGGGAGGAGAGAUCUCGGAGGAGCCAGAGCCGGUCUGAUCGCGAUAGGGAAACUAAAGAGAGGGAGAAGGAGAUUGAGAUGAGAGAGAGCAGGAGAUUUAAGGACAAGAAAGAAGCAACGGAGCCUGAAGCUGAUCCAGAAAGGGAUCAAAGAACUGUUUUUGCUUUCCAGAUGCCGCUGAAGGCAACCGAGAGAGAUGUUUAUGAAUUCUUCUCUAAAGCGGGCAAGGUGAGGGAUGUGCGACUGAUCAUGGAUAGGAAUUCUAGACGUUCAAAAGGAGUUGGGUAUAUUGAAUUUUAUGAUGCAAUGUCUGUACCAAUGGCAAUAGCACUUUCUGGCCAACUACUUCUUGGACAACCUGUAAUGGUGAAACCCUCAGAAGCUGAAAAGAACCUUGUUCAAUCUAACACUUCUUCUGGAGGCACAGGUGGGACAGGACCAUAUGGGGCAGUUGACAGAAAACUAUAUGUCGGGAAUUUACAUUUUAACAUGACUGAGGCUCACCUUAGAGAGAUUUUUGAACCAUUUGGUCCCGUGGAGCUUGUGCAACUUCCUCUUGAUCUUGAAACAGGACAGUGCAAGGGUUUUGGGUUUGUUCAAUUUGCCCAACUAGAACAUGCAAAGGCUGCUCAGAGUUUGAAUGGAAAAUUGGAGAUAGCUGGUCGUACUAUUAAGGUUUCAUCUGUAACCGAUCAUGUUGGGACACAAGAUCCUGGAGCAAAAUCCGCAGAUUUUGAUGAUGAUGAAGGGGGUGGCUUGUCUUUAAAUGCUCAAUCAAGAGCAUUACUUAUGCAAAAGUUGGACCGCUCUGGUAUUGCCACAAGUAUGGUGGGGUCUCUUGGGGUGCCCGCUCUGAAUGGGUCAGUUACAAAUCAAAGUGUGAUGAACUUGCCAAUUAAUGGACAAGCUGCAGUCACUGCACCAGUUCUUCCGGUUGCUGCCACGAUUCCUGUUGGAAGUCCUACUGAAUGUCUACUGCUGAACAAUAUGUUUGAUCCUGCCACAGAGACUGAUCCAGAGUUUGAUGUAGAUAUUAAAGAGGACGUAGAGGAAGAGUGUUCUAAAUGUGGCAGGGUGGUACAUAUUUAUGUGGACAAAAACAGUGCUGGGUGUGUUUAUUUGCGGUUUGAAACUGCAGAAGCAGCUGCAGCUGCUCAGCGUGCAAUGCAUGGGAGAUGGUUUGCUGGAAGGCAGAUUUCAGCCUUGUUCAUGCAACCUCAAGUAUACGAGGCCAAGUUUAGAGGAGCUUGAAAAGCGGGGAGGAUUUGCGGAAAAGUGGUAUUCUGUGGAUACCUUUCCCCAACCCUUUUGUUUUUGUCUAUUGUUUCUGUUUUUUGUUUUUUGUUUUUUUCCUGCUUCAGUUUUAGGACUUAUAAAUUUGAUAAUUUUAAUUUUCUUGUAUCUUAACAGUCAAUGUUGUGUCUCUGGUGGAUAUAUCUGUGCGACCAAUCUGUAGACCAAGUCUCCAACAAUAUGUAUUUAAUUUAAGUCUUCUUUUCAAAUGAGUUGAUUAUGGAA